UCUGCCCUCGGCGGCGGAAGGGGCGGCCCGGCAGCACCGCCGCGCUUCCCGUCCCGUCCCGUCCCCGGGGCACCGGGGGGCUUCCCCAUGGCGGCGGCGGCGGCAGCGCUGCUGCUGCGGGCGGCGGGCCGGGCCCUGCUGGGCCGUGCCACUCUCCUGCCCUGCGCCGAGCGGGGCUUUAGCGACUGCGGCGGGGCGCGCUGGGCGCCCGCGCGGCCCGGCCUCCCCGUGCCGCUGUCCUCUCCCCUGGCAGGGCUCACCCGGCCCAUCCGCAUCAAGGAGCCGCCCAAGCGCAAGCCGGUAGAUCGGUGGACGAAGAAGCGGGCCUUGUUCGGGGUGUAUGAUAACGUGGGGAUCCUGGGCGGCUUCCAGAUCCACCCGAAGAAUCUCAUCAUGGGGCCCACCUGGCUGCGAGGCUGGCGGGGGAACGAGCUGCAGAGGUGCCUCCGCAAGAAGCGCAUGGUGGGCGAUCGGAUGUUCGCAGACGACUAUCACAAACUCAACAAGAGGAUCCGCUACUUGUACAGGCGCUUCAAUCGCACCGGAAAGCACCGCUAGGGAACAGCAGUGCCUUCAGCCUGUGGAGCGUCUUUUUGUGGCAUUGCAGUCAGAAUAAAGCCAGCUUCCACACAA